GUGUACAUGCAGCGCCCUCAUCUUGCAGUGGGGUGUUUGUAAAUUACAGCAGCUGAUUAGAAAUUUUUAGAAAAAUUGUGAUAACAACAUUUUCAGCUCGUCCAGUGAUUAAAUUUGAUUAGCAGGGUACGCAGUCUUGUGCUGCAACCAUUGAGCUUUAAAUUCUCUGUGAAAACAUCACGAGGUGUGGUUUUUGGCUCCCCGAAGCACGAUUCCUCACAUCCUCAUCCUCACAAGUAAUACGAUAAAUUGAUUAAAGAACAAGCCCAGCAAUGUCCUCACUUCCGCGCGUGAAUCUCGAUGAGCCACGAUAUGACCAAAGCACGUACCUCAAUCGAGCUAAACAUUUUAUCAUUCUAACCAAUCCCCUCAACGUCUUUGUGUCCAGCAGCGAACUCGAUCGGUCUGCCAAGACGGUCCAGGACUACAAAGCUGGGAAUCCAGUUGAGGCAAAGAGCAUCAAUGAGAUUUGGCGCGCAAAGUAUCUGUACGACUCAGCCUUUCACCCGGAAACGGGUGAGAAGAUGAUCAUCAUUGGGCGAAUGUCUGCCCAAGUGCCGAUGAACAUGAUGAUUACAGGGUGUAUGAUGACCUUCUACAGGUCCACUCCGGCUGUGGUGUUCUGGCAGUGGCUCAAUCAGUCUUUCAAUGCCCUCGUGAACUACACAAAUCGCUCAGGAUCGUCACCGAUAAGCAACAAUCAGCUUCUCACGUCCUACUGCCUGGCCACUGGUGGUGCUCUUGUCACGGCUCUCUCCCUCAAUCGCCUCUGCAAGUCCGCACCACCACUUGUGGGUCGCCUUGUACCCUUGGCAGCUGUUGCAGCUGCCAAUUGCAUCAAUAUCCCCAUGAUGAGGAUGCAGGAACUCAAGCAGGGUGUUGAGUUGUACGAUGAUAACAACAAUCGCGUUGGGGUGAGCAUUAAUGCGGCUCAAAAGGGAAUUACAGCUGUUGUGCUGAGCAGAAUAAGUAUGGCAAUGCCCGGAAUGGUCUUUACACCCAUGCUGGCGACAUUCCUGGAAAAGAAGGGAGUCCUCAAGCGCUUCCCGUGGGCCAAUGCACCCAUUCAGAUGCUCUUCUGUGGCUUGUGCCUCACCUUUGCCACACCCCUCUGCUGUGCCCUCUACAGCCAAAAGGCCAGCAUUCGUGUGGAUCAGCUGGAACCGGAAGUGCAGGAGAAUGUGAAGAAAAUCUCCCCUGACGCCCAGGUGGUGUACUUCAACAAGGGACUGUAAAGAAGCUUUUCCUGCAGCUGCGAAUUGUUGUCAAGCAAUAGUUGAAAUGCAUUUUUGUUGUCAUUUAAUUAAAUUUCUGUCUUUUUUGUACAAAUUAUCCAAAAUUUAUUAAAAAUAUUUUUUUUUGGAAAA